AAGCCAUUUUCAUAUUUGAUUUAUUUAAUUGCAUUGACGUUUCACUUGUAAUCAAAAUAUAUUUUAAUUUAUAAUAAAAUCAAAUCUUUUAAUCAUUUUAAUCUAUUAUACACAGUGUAAUAGAUUAACAUUCAUCUAAAUAAUGGGUGUGAAGUUAAUGAUUGGAUUUAUAUUGUUAGCUGUAGUCUCAUCUGAUAUGAUGAGAAAGUCUAUCGUUUUUGAUCCGAAAACACCGAAAGUGUUUUAUUGUCCGCAAGAAAAGCCUAUAGAUAUGUCUAAAAUGAUAGUCAAAGCCAUACCAUUGGAGAAGUUGUGCGAAUACGGACCAAACGGUUUGCCUAAAAAAGCCAAAUCUGACUGUUAUAAUGACAUCGAUGAGAGUGAUUAUGCCUGCGCUGAGAAACUCCGAAUUGAGAUGCGAAUCAAUCCUCCCAAUGACACCGAGACAACCACAACAAUGAUACCGACACCCGACGCACCCAAACACAUAAAGGAGGUUCACGUCAAACAUGUAAACCAAAAGAAAAGUACGAAACCUAAACAAAACAAGAAAUUAUAAAAACCCCAAAACGGAAGUAGAAAUCAUUGAUACUAUUAUUGUUAUCAUUUGAGAAAAUCUUUUGGCAGCUAAUGUUCCAGUCGUCUAAUUAAUUGAUAAAU